AGGCACAAACUUAGCGCCCAAAUUUUGCUGUCAAGUUAAAUUCCGGGGUGCGGAAGUGGCUUUGUGGUGCCGCCUAUAAUCGCUCAGAAACCAACUCCCUUUCCACACCGAAAACUAGCUCUUCGACCGCUAUGGAAGGGCAGAAGGGGCAAGAAAGCCACGCAACCCUAGCACUUGCCCACGCUCAUUUUAAGAAGGGCGAGUACACCGAGGCCGAGAUGCUGUACUCCGUUUACAUUCGCCAGUGCGCCUGUGCGGCCUCCUUCCGCGCGAGUCCCGGGAGCAAAUGCAGCCCUAAGGAUUUGGCUACUGCAUAUAACAACAGGGGGCAAAUCAAGUACUUCAGGGUUGAUUUUUAUGAAGCCAUGGAUGACUACACAUCUGCCAUAGAAGUCCAACCCAAUUUUGAAGUUCCGUAUUACAACAGAGGGUUGAUACUGUAUAGGCUGGGAUAUUUUGAUGAUGCUUUGGAAGAUUUCAAGAAGGUAUUAGACAUAAAUCCUGGAUUUCAUGAUGCUACCUUGAGCUUAAAACAGACUAUUCUAGACAAAGAAGAAAAACAAAGAAGAAAUAUUGAAAAUAAUUAUUGAGGUUUUAAACUUUAUUAAAAUACUAGAGUAUGAUCCUUACACUUUCGUCUAGUUAUGUAAUUUAAAAUAGAUAUUGAGCUAUUUUGAUUUAUAUUUAAGAUAAAGAGAUUCAUGCAUUAGCACCGAAAUUUAAAUAAUGUGUUUAAGGUAGUUAAUUCCAGGUCGAAUAGGUAUGCUUUUUAUAAAGUGUAAAUAAGUAAUAUCAAUGUAUAGGUACAUAUUAUUACAGUAAAAUAUU